ACGCACAAAACGACAAUAGCCGCAUUCCCCUCCCAAAACCGUAAGCUGCCAGGCCGAGUCAAUGGAAACAGAGAACAUCGAUUUUGGUCAGCGUGCAGUUGCAGCGUCAUUGUGAGAGGCUGUUUGAAUGAAGUUGAUAGUGUUCACUGAAAUCUGCAGCAAGAAUUCGCGCCCCGGUAACUGGAAUCAGAGUUAAACAACUCAACAAAUCAUAGCAAAACAUGCCCGUCUUUACAGUGAAUGUGAAAUGGGGAAAGGAGAAGUUCGAUGCGGUUGAGCUUAACACUGAAGAACCACCCAUGGUCUUCAAAGCCCAGCUGUUUGCUCUGACAGGAGUACAACCAGACAGACAGAAGGUUAUGGUCAAAGGAGGAACCCUGAAGGAUGAUGAAUGGGGGAACAUCAAACUAAAAAAUGGCAUGACCCUGCUCAUGAUGGGCUCCGCCGAAGCCCUGCCUGAGGAACCUGCUGUCAGACCCAUGUUUGUGGAAGACAUGACAGAAGAACAGCUUGCUUCUGCUAUGGAGUUGCCAUGUGGUUUGACAAACCUGGGCAAUACCUGCUACAUGAAUGCUACAGUGCAGUGUCUGCGGUCUGUUCCUGAGCUCAAAGUUGCCCUUCAGAGGUAUUCUGGUGCUCUCCGAUCUUCUGGAGCGAGUGCACCAUCCCAGUACAUCACGGCAGCCCUGCGAGACCUAUAUGAGUCGAUGGACAAAACCUCCUCCAGCAUACCACCAAUUAUUCUCCUGCAGUUCCUGCACAUGGCCUUCCCACAGUUUGCUGAGAAGGGUGACCAGGGCCAGUAUCUACAGCAGGACGCUAAUGAAUGCUGGCUGCAGAUGAUGAGAGUGCUUCAGCAGAAGCUAGAACCACAGGAACCUGAAACUCCAAUGGAGACCGGGGAUGCAAGUGGGGCAGCCACAGCCUCCGCCAAGAAGAAUUUCAUCGAUCAGUAUUUUGGGGUGGAAUAUGAAACCACUAUGAAAUGCACAGAGUCAGAGGACGAGGAGCCCACCAAAGGCACCGAGAGCCAUCUCCAGCUCAGCUGUUUCAUCAACCAGGAAGUCAAAUACCUGGCCACUGGGCUCAGACUGAGACUACAAGAGGAAAUCACGAAACUUUCUCCAUCCUUAGACAGAAAUGCCCUCUAUAUGAAAUCAUCGAAAGUCAGUCGACUGCCUGCAUACCUGACUGUUCAGAUGGUUCGCUUCUUCUACAAGGAGAAGGAGUCCGUUAAUGCCAAAGUCCUUAAGGAUGUCAAGUUUCCUCUCAUGCUGGAUGUCUAUGAGCUCUGCACAAAAGAACUGCAAGAUAAAAUGGUGCCACUCAGGUCAAAGUUCAAGGAGAUGGAGGACGAUAAGCUUGAGAAACAGCAGAAGAAGUUGGAGAACAAGGCUGUUGUUGCAGCAGCAACAACAAAAGAGCCUAAAUAUGAGCCUUUCUCCUUUGCAGAUGAUCUGGGCUCCAACAACAGCGGCUACUACGACCUGCAGGGGGUGCUGACGCAUCAGGGACGGUCAAGCUCAUCGGGCCACUACGUCUCAUGGGUCAAAAGGAAAGAAGAUGAGUGGGUGAAGUUUGACGAUGACAAGGUCAGUGUGGUGAGCCCUGACGACAUCCUGAAGCUGUCCGGCGGAGGAGACUGGCAUAUAGCAUAUGUGCUGCUGUACGGGCCCCGGCGUCUCGAAGUUCUGGAAGAGGAGCAGUAAACGAAAAAAAAAAAAAAAAAUCAAAACCAACACUUCAAAUUGCCAUUUCAAAGCACUGUCUGCAUAGAUGUGCAAUAAAUCCCAGUGUCUUUAAAAUUUGACCUUAUUUUUUUAUUUAAUUUUUUUUUCGUUUUGUAAAGUGACAUGAAUGCUUCUUAGUCUAAUUUGUGCACCACCACUGAAGCGGCAGGUUGAGGGUGGGGAAAUCUUUUCCCCUUUAAAGAAACAGGUUGUGACAGUGAUCAGUCCUCAAAUGUAAUCCAAGGGAAGGGAGUGCAAGUCUAUUUCCUGUUUCUUUAAUGUUUUAUAUAUAAACAUUGUAUAUUUUUGAAGCCUAUGAUGGUGUUCAUGCUUAUACCGUAGUACUAUAGUAUUCAACGGACAUUAUAGAGAAACAUUUUAAUGGACUAAUUGGUUUGUACAGAAACCUUUGGCAAGGUCACAUUAAAUGUUUUCCCAGGAUCCCUUGCUGUUGCCCAUUUAUUGGUGGAACUUCACCUGCUUUCUCUGCUACAACAGUGUGCAAGGAGCUUGCUACUCAUGAACUGUAUCUUUUGAACACCUGAGAUUUAAAAAUCAACUACACUUGCACAUGUGGUUCUUGUUGGGCUUAUAUCUUGCUGGGUAUGUUGCUGUACACGCCCAUGUUUUCAGAUCUGCGUCACUUAAUGUCUCUAGAGGAAAUACACUUCGACCACAUUUGUGUAAAAAUGAGACAAAGGCUAACACCUUUCUGUUAUAAGUUAUUGACUGCUGGCUUUUCAUAAAGGGUAAUAAACUUAUGCAAAGAAA